AUGGCUGGCAUCGCCAACAUCGCUGCGCUUUAUUUGCUGUGGGAGUCCGAGGAGUCCGAGGACCGUCGCAAACGCAAACGCCGUCGUCUUUGGGUGCACGACAUCCUCCGGAGACGGCCACAGCUGGGUGAGUUUCACCACUUGCUCCAAGAACUCCGCCUGGAUGACGGCCGGUUUCAGCGGUACUUUCGACUGAGUCGGGCCCAGUUCGAUGACCUGCUAGCCCGGGUUGGUGCCAGGAUCUCCCGUCAGGACACCAACUACAGGCGCUCCAUAUCAGCUGCGGAGCGCCUGUCUAUCUGUCUCCGAUUCCUGGCUACUGGCGAUUCGUUCCGGACGAUAGCCACCAGCUUCCGGGUCGGGGCCUCCACCGUGGCUUCCAUCGUGUCCGAUGGGGUGACGGCUAUAUGGGACUGCCUGGUGGAGGAGUUCAUGGCUGUGCCCACUACCGAGGACUGGAGGCUGAUUGCGCAGCAGUUCGAGGAGCAGUGGAACUUCCCUCUCUGUUGCGGUGCCAUCGAUGGGAAGCAUGUUGUUCUGAAGGCCCCUGCGAACUCCGGUUCGCAGUUCUUCAACUACAAGGGGACAUUUUCCAUUGUUCUCUUGGCAGUUGUCGACGCAGACAAGUGCUUCCGCAUCAUCGAUGUGGGGGGCUAUGGGAGAACCAGUGAUGGAGGAAUUCUGGCCAACUCGGACGAGGCCUUUCCGCUACGGACCGACCUCAUGAGGCCAUUCCCCGGACGCAUCCUCCCCCGAGAGCGGCGCGUGUUCAACUACCGACUGUCCCGGGCUCGGUUGGUGGUUGAGAACGCCUUCGGCAUCCUCUCCUCCCAGUGGCGGUUCUACCGGAGGGUCAUCGAGGUCCGUCCUGAGCUGGCGGAGAGAUGCGUCAAGGCCACCUAUGUAGACGUGGCCAUCAACGUGGGGCGUGAGAAUUGGAAUCAAAGUUCCAUCCACGACUCCGGCCACUUGUGGGAUGCGGAACGACCGAAAAAAGUUCUCUUGGGUCGCACCCAUCUCGUCUCUGCUGUGGAAACGGACCUGUCGCGGUACGAGACGAAGGAGGCUGUAUGUCACUGCCUGGACCGAUCUGCACACUGA